CAUAGUCCGUGUUUGAACAAUAAUUCAAGGCUUGUAUGACUUCAAUUUUCUAUCACUAUUUUCAAAUUGCCGGAAAGUCGCUAAGUUCAAAUGCACUAUCGUCACAAACUUUAGAAAAUAUUCUUUUCUCUCGCCUCGUUCUAGUGAACUUACAAGUGAAGGUCGCGUAUGAUUUCAUUCCAUCACAGUUAUUGUCAUUGUUCUUAACACUGUCAUUUAUCUACAACCUUACUACUAGCUCAGUCAUCAAUGGAGACGUAGGAGAACUUCUACCUUUUACAGAUCCAUUCCUUCAUCAUCUUACUUCUUCGACCAGUUCAAAAAAAAGGAAGUGACUGUGCUUUGAUCGUACAUCGACGCCGAUAUGACUUGGGAGAAAAAGUGGUGGUUAUCGCUUGCUGAGGGAGAGCUGUAUCGGAAGAGCAGUCAUUUGUAGACGCUCUUCCACACGAUAAAACACGCAAUGUGUUACUGAUGGGGAGCUUAGAUUCACUGCCGCGGGAUAUUGAAUUUUUCAAGUCUGCCUUCUAGGAGAUUUGUGAUGAGUCUCUCCCAGUAUAUAAGUCGAC